AACGCCAAUAGCGCUUCCCAUUCUGCUGCUCGUGAGAUUCGCUUUCGGAAAGACCGAUUUUGUCUAUUCUCAGAAGUGUGUGAUUAAAUUCGCAGACGAUGUCCUCUGCCGACCAGCAAUCUUCCACUGCCACUACAGGGCAACCGCAUCUACAGCAGCAGGACUUGUCGAAACUGGACAUUACCAAGUUAACGCCGCUUUCACCGGAGGUAAUUUCACGACAAGCUACGAUCAAUAUUGGGACGAUCGGACACGUAGCCCACGGCAAGUCGACAGUCGUAAAAGCCAUCUCAGGUGUGCAGACGGUUCGAUUCAAGAACGAAUUAGAACGAAACAUUACUAUUAAGCUGGAAUGUUUGUCCAAGGAGCAGAUCGACAGACUGACGACCGAUCCCAAUGCGUUUAACAUGUAUCUGCAAAAGAUACACGAACGCUUUAAGCCGCUAUACAAACAUGCUACCGUGAAGCAAGAAGUCGAUACAGUUGAGGCUUCACCAGUAGAACAAGUGGAAGCACAAAUCUCGAAGGAUACUACCGACCGAAAGCGUAAACUAUCGCUCGACACGAGUGCAUCGGAAACGGCACAAGAAAGUCCAUCCAAGGGUGAACUGAACAGAAUGAAGCAGGCAAAAAUUAUGGACUUUUUCAAAAUGUCCCCACCGGAGCCUACUUUGAUGAUGACAAAUGGUGGAAACAAAGAGGCUUCCCCCACGCGCGUUAACGGAAUGGCAACCCCACGGAAAGUUGGACCGGAUCGCCAUUCAUUGCCCAUUUAUCUUCCUACAGAUAACAACGAGCGGGAACUGCCGGACGACAUGCAGGACGAAACGAACGCGCCGAAGCGUUCCAACCGAAGAAAACAAACGUCACUGGGAGGAGGAAGUACAAGUGCUUCCACCGCCAGGACAAAACCCAGGCCGGCUAGCCAGAACCGUGUUAGAAGCGUGAUUCGGCAGAAAACGUCAACAUCGGAAGAAUACAAGGUUGAGGCCAUCUUGGACGUUCAGCUGGUGGCAAAUUUGCCUUUCUUUCAAAUCAAAUGGUUGGGCUAUCCAUCAGAGUCCAACACAUGGGAACCACUAAAAAACGUGGCCGACUGUACCAUACUGGAUGAGUUUUUGAUUCGCGAACUUGCCACGUUGGAGGCAAUAGUGGUUAAAAUACAAGCGGAGGUAAAGGCAACCCCUGCCUAUCAGCAGGCGAUCGAAGCUCACGAAAAGGGAGCAAAAACAAUGAAAGAAAUAUUGAGUGAGUACAAAGAGUACGACUGGAAUCAGUUACGAGCGGAUCUAAUUGUGAUGGCGAAGGUGCGGAUAAAUAAGUGUAAAAGUAAAUACACCUGGGAUCGAAUCGUGCACAACAUGCGCUGCGAGUUAUCAUUCGUCAAGCGUCGCGAUCAGCUCAAGGAGUUGAAACGAUUCGAGGAGGAAAUUCUUCGUCAUGAGCCGACGUACAAAAUAAUCGUCGAGAACGAACAAGAUCUGGAUGCCCCACCGAACAAUUUUACGUACCUGCAGACAAACAUUCCCGGCGAAGGGAUCUCGAUCCCGAACGAUCCACCGUGGGGUUGUGAGUGUAAUCCGUGUAGCAUCCGAAGUAACUGCUGCGGCAAGAUGUCCGACGGUCGGUUCGCCUACAGCGUCAAAAAACGACUGCUCCUGCAGGCCGGUGCACCGAUUUUUGAGUGCAACUCCAAGUGCUCCUGCGGCCCCGACUGUCACAAUCGGGUGGUGCAGAAAGGUGGCAAGUGUAAUCUGACCGUGUUCAAAACGUCCAAUGGGCGUGGCUGGGGUGUGCGAACAAACAGCGUCAUUUACGAGGGCCAGUACAUCGCAGAGUAUUGCGGAGAAGUCAUCUCGUAUGACGAGGCGGAAAAGCGGGGCCGCGAGUAUGAUGCGGUCGGUCGCACCUAUCUUUUUGACUUGGACUUCAACGGUACUGACAAUCCGUUCACGCUGGAUGCUGCUCGGUAUGGGAAUGUGACGCGUUUCUUUAACCAUUCUUGUGACCCAAAUUGCGGCAUCUGGUCGGUGUGGAUCGACUGCCUUGAUCCGUAUCUGCCGCGUUUGGCAUUCUUUGCCCGCCGACGGAUUGAGGUCGGUGAAGAACUCACCUUCAAUUAUCACUCGCAGCUUGGGAUGAACAACAGUUCCUUAAACAGCUCGAAUGGCGGAGAUUGCUUUAAUGGAAUUGCCAAUGCUAACGUCAGUACGGGUAGUAACACCAGCAACAGUAAUGUACGGAAUGAUCAACCGCAAACCGAGUGCCUUUGCGGUAGUGCCAACUGUCGCAAAAUUAUAUUUUAGUAUUCAAGCUAACGCUUUUACUCUACGAACGAGAGACGUGAGCCAACGGAUGAUUCUGUAGAAUUAACCCCGUAUUUACAGAAUUUUUCGUUCCUCUGUUAUGACAUUUUUCUAUUGAAAAUUAUGAAUCUUUUUUUACUAUAAAAUCAUCAAACUGUUAAUGUGGAACUACCCGAAGUGACAAUUUCGUACGAGAACGGUAAAACGGCCGCAUUAU